UCAUUGUGUUCAUUUCUUCAUUUUUUUUUUCUCAUUACAAACACAAAACCCAUUUUUCUUACCUCUAUUUCUCAAACUACACCCAUUACUUAAAACCAUGGCUUUCUCCAACAAAUUGCCUUUGUUCCUUUUACUUUCUUCCCUCUUCAUGCGUGCAUCUCUGGGUGAGAUGGCAUGUGAGGAGCUUCCAAAGGAAGUGUGUGCAUUCUCAGUAGCUUCAUCAGGGAAGAGGUGUUUGUUGGAGACAGAGAAGGCGGCGGAGGGUGGUGUGGAGUACCAGUGCCGGACGUCGGAAGUGGUGGUGGAAAGGAUGGCGAACUACAUAGAGACAGAGCAAUGUGUGGAGGCAUGUGGGGUUGAUAGGAACUCUGUUGGUAUUUCAUCUGAUGCCUUCUUUGAGCCUCAAUUCACCGCCAAACUUUGCUCUUCUCAAUGUUACCAAAACUGCUCCAACAUUGUUGACCUUUUCUUCAACUUGGCAGCUGGAGAGGGGGUAUUUUUGCCAGAUCUGUGUGAGAAGCAAAAGACGAACCCACGUCGUGCGAUGGUUGAGCUUGUGAGCUCAGGAGCUGCACCUGGACCUGUUUCUGAUGUGUCAGAGGACAUUGUGUCAGCACCUGCUCCUUCUCCCCUGUAAUUUAAUUGCAAGACCCAAUAUUAUUAUUAUUAUUUUUUAUUAAUACUAUGUUAGAAGAGGAAUAUGGCUUCAUUUGUAUGGGUCGUGUGUUGUAAUAAUAAUCAAAAAGUGAUUCGGGCA